AUGAGCAGUGAAUCUAGACAAGAGCUUGUCAACUGGGUCAACUCCACCCUACAGCUCAACAUCUCUAAAGUUGACGAAUGUGGCAAGGGCUUUGUGUACUGCCAACUACUCGACUCCAUCUACCGAGACAUACCACUUAAGCGUGUCAAUUUCCGCGCCCGCAAUGAGUACGAGUACUUGUCUAACUUUAAGAUUCUCCAAGCCGCCUUCACAUCACAUGGAAUUGACCGACCCAUUGAAGUCGACCGGCUUGCCAAGUGCCGGCUUCAAGAUAACCUCGAGUUUCUUCAGUGGUUUAAACGCUUCUGGGAUGCAAACUACCCCACUGGCACAGACUAUGAUGCUGCUGCUGUUCGAUCUUCUUUUGGAGUUCUGGCGCCUUUAGGAUCAACAUCAGCCUCUUCAUCUCCAGCAUCUUCUUCAUCUCUAGGACCUAGACUUUCUUCAACUUCUUCAAGAUCACCCUCAGUUUCUUCAGGAAGACUCUCUGCAGUUGGUUCUGCUAGACCCACAUCCGCCUCAAGACCUUCAGUCACUGGCCAAUACCGCUCAGCCCGUCCAACGCCAACAACAACAUCAUCAUCAUCAUCAACAACACCAGCAACUCGUUUGGGUUCUAGUGCAGCAUCGCAUUCUCGUACAUCAACCACCCCUCAUCAUACCACAAUCCACACAACAAACACUACUUCUUCUUCACGGCUUUCAUCCACACACGCACGCACCACAGGUCGAUCAUCUGCUGUUGGAACACACACAGGCCCAGCUUCUACAGCAACAGCUGCAGGUCGACAUGGUGGUUCAGCAGCUACUGGUGGUGGCCGUUUGAGUGCGGUUGGGGUGCGAUCUGUAUCUGCGCUUGGUGCACACUCGUCGUCAGCAUCUGCAGCAGCAGCAGCGGCUGCAGUGAGUGCUGCGCGAGAAGAAGCAGCAGCGGCACAACAAGCUGCAACAGAAGCCCAGGCACAGGUGGCGGCUCUAGAACAGGAGUUGGAAGAAACACGGCAAGAAUAUGGAGCGAUAGAGAAUGAAUACCACCAACUGAUGGACCAUGCGGAGCUAGUGACUUCGGAGCGCGAAUUUUAUUUUUCCAAACUGCGUGAAAUUGAGAUUCUAAUGCAGAGUGUUUCCGAAAUGCUUAAAAAGAAGGAAGAACAAGGUGGUGACAGUGGCGAUAAUAAGAAGAGCAACGGGGAUGGUACAGAUAAAAAUGAAGGCGAAGCGAAUGGUGAGAAAUCAGAAAAGAAGAAGGAUGGAGAUGAAUCAAAUGGUCAAGAAAGUGGUUUGGGAUCAACCGCUAAUGGAAAAUUGGGAAUGCUUGAGCCGAAAAUCUUUGUAAAGGCUAUUAUGGACAUUUUAUACUCUACAGCUGAAGGGUUUGAGGCUCCCAAUGAUACAAUCAUGGAGGUUGACAAUGAAGAUACUCUUAUGCCUAUGGAAGGAGAUGAAGAAGAGACUUUUUAA